UGACGAUGGUGGUUGUUCAUGAUGAAGUCCACGACAAGCAAUCUAAAACACAGAUAGCUCAGAAAGGGAGUAUUGAGAUAAUAAUGGAAUGCAAACCUUGUGCUGUAACCUUUUAAAAUUGCCAUUAUCUCAAGAUUUACUCUAAAUCAUGAACAAGGCCACACGCAAUUGAUGGUGCCAAGCCCCACUCUCUUUGUGUGCUGUUGUCACAGCACCACCUCAAGCUCCGCUCUACACAGCCGCGAUCUGAUAUUUCGGUCUUUACCAUCUAUUCCUUUCCGAUCACCUCCAAACCAACUAAUCCAUCUUCCUGUUCCUCUUGCAUCCCUGUAGAGGCAUUUACCGACCGACGUCAACUCCCCUCAUUCUCUAAUGCCCCGAGCCCCGCAUACGACCUGACGUCCCGCAUAAUCCUUUCACGUCAUCCAGAUUUCCCGCCCUAUUUGCGCCGUGCUAUCUCAAUAUGGCCCUCGCGGCACCCGAAGACCUCGUGCCUAUCCUGUCGGCCGUUGACACCCUUCAGACCAAUGCCGACAGGGCGGAGAAAGGCCAGGCUCACGAAUUUCUCGACCAGUUCCAGAAAACGCAAGAUGCAUGGAACACGGCUUUCUCUAUCCUGCAAAAUGCCGAUAUCUCGGUCCAAGCGAAGAUGUUCGCAGCGGUCACGUUGAAGGGAAAGAUUGUCUACGAUAUACAUCAGAUUCCCCGCGACACCCUUCCGUCACUCCGCGACUCGUUGUUACAAGCUCUUGUCGGCUACCGGGCUGGACCGAAGCCUAUUCGAACGCUGCUAUGCGUCUGUUUAGCGAACCUCGCUAUCCAGAUGACGGAAUGGAAGGACGUUCUGCCGUUGGUGAUUAACAGCCUAGGAAAGGACCAGGAAAGCAUACCAUGUGUUCUGGAGUUCCUCCAUGUGCUUCCGGAAGAAGUUACGGAAGGCCGCAAAGUCAACCUCUCAGAAGAAGAAUUGGACCAGCGGACCAAGGAGCUCCUGGAAAACAAUGCGUCCCACGUCCUUGAAUUGCUCUCCAGCUAUGCGCAAUCCUCCAAAUCCGCCGCCAGAAAUCCACAGCUUAUGGAAUGCAUUACAUCUUGGUCCAUGGAAGUCCCGAUUCUCGAUAUUGCCAACUCCCCUCUUCUCGAGACCGUGUUCGCAUCGCUGGAGGACGAGGAAAACAGCGAAGCAUUUGACCAAGCCGUCGAGUGUAUUUGCUCCAUAUUCAGGGAAACGAAGGAUGUGGAUGCGAGCCUAGAUGUCAUCAACAUCCUGUUUCCCCGCACGGUCAAACUAAAACCGAAAAUCAAACUCGCAGCCGAUCAAGAGGACGGAGAGCUUAUGAAAGGCAUUACUCGAGUAUUUGCAGAAGCAGGGGAAAAUUGGGUCGUGCUCAUUGCACGUCAUCCAAAGGAGUUCCGAGAACUGGUUGAAUGCAUUCUUGAAUGCGCCGUCCGCGACCGCGAAAAGGACGCGAUCAAUUCUACUUUCAUCUUCUGGUACGAGCUAAAACAACUCCUAACCAUGGAGAAGUACGACGAGGCUCGCAGAGGGUAUUCCGAUAUCUAUUCGAACCUAGUCGAUAUCAUGAUCAGUCAUCUCCAGUACCCUGCUGGGGAAGGCACCUCGAACGAUGAUCUGUUCGACGGCGACCGGGAAGCAGAAGACAAGUUCCGAGAAUUCAGACAUCAAAUGGGCGACGUCCUGAAAGAUUGCUGCUCGGUCAUCGGGGCCACGGAGUGUCUGCAAAAGUCUUUCAUCCUGAUCCAACAGUGGAUUUCCACCUACGGCUCGAAAACUACAGCGACGGAGGUACCGCAUUGGCAAGAGUUGGAGGCGCCAUUGUUCAGUUUCCGUGCGAUGGGCCGAAUGGUAUCUCCCGAAGAGAAUGAGGUGCUCCCACAUUUGAUGCCGCUCCUGGUACAAAUUCCGGAUCACGAAAAGGUCCGCUUCCAAGCAGUCAUGUCCCUGGGCCGUUAUACGGAAUGGACUGCGCAGCACCCCGAAACCCUAGAGCCGCAAUUGAACUAUAUCAUGGCAGCGUUUGAGAACAAGUCAGUGGAGGUUUGCCGCGCAGCAGCUCUCUCGUUCAAGUUCUUUUGCUCCGAUUGUGCGGACUUAUUGAAGCCCUUUGUCCCUCAACUACAGCCUUUCUACCAGAAUGCCCUCCCUCGUUUAAGCGACAGCGCGCAGGAAGAAGUCACCGAAGGUGUCGCGGCGAUCAUCGGAAGGCUGCCACCCACCGAGAUUUAUGAGGCGAUGAAACUCUACUGUGACCCUCUCAUGAAGACUUAUAUGGAGCUAGCGCAAACCGCAAGCACCGAUAAGGAAAAAACGCACCUUGCAGACAAACUAGCGCUGAUAUGCAUCUUCGUCGAGAUUGUCCACCCCUAUAUUGAACCCGGCCAACCCCAUCCGGCAGUUCGCUAUUGCCAGGAGAUAUUCCCGAUCCUCGCUGCUAUUGCGGACAACUUCGUCGAAUGUUCCCCCAUCGUCGAGCGAAUAUGCCGGUGUUGGAGAUCGAUGGUCCUCUCCUACCGAACGGCAAUGGCACCGCUUCUUCCAGAUCUUGCAAACAAGCUAUCCUCGGCCUUCGCUUCAAGUAAGCAAAGUGGGCUGCUCUGGGCCACCGAUGCUAUCGUUCGAGAGUUUAGCGAUGGACAAGACGACGUGGACGAGGCCACGCUCAACGCCAUCUUCCAAUUCUACGAAGCGCAAGCCAAGACCUUCCUACAAACUUUGAGCGAUCUGAGUCGGGAGCAAAUGGGUGAUGUCAUCGAGGACUUCUUCCGCCUCACGAGCGACGUCUUACUCUACCACACCUACCGUGUCCUCCCCUCUCCCCUCAUGCCCACCAUCAUCGCCGCCGCCUCUGACGCCCUCAACCUUCUCAAAAUGGAACCCAUCAUGGCCGUCCUCCACUGCCUCCGCGAUUUCCUCGCCUACGGCCGCGCCGAGCCCCCCACCUCGACCCUCUCCUUCGGCCACGACUCGUACGAGCACCGUGUCAAUCCCCCCGAAGUGCGCCAGAAAGUCGCCGACAUCCUCACGAACCUGGGCGAGGGCCUCACGCAGCGCGUGCUCAUUGGGAUGAUGUUCUCGUUCCCCAGCGACUGCAUCCCCGACGCGUCUGGCGUGCUGCUGGGCUUGUUCCAGGUCGUCCCCGCGCCCGCGAGCCAGUGGGUGGCCAAGACGUUGCAGCUGCUCCCCGCGGGCAGCGUUCGUGAGGCGGAGGCGACGAAGCUGAUGAAGGGCAUCGAGGAGAAGUUGGCGGGCGGCGACGGGGAUGUGAGGAGGAUCCGGGCGCUGCUGCAGGACUUCACGAACUCGUAUCGCAGAAGAAACGUGGCGCCGAGGGAGGGUUUGGGGAGUCUGGAGGGGAAGAGGUUUAAGUUCGGGUGAGCGGGAUAGAAUGGGUGAUGCGAGACGGGCUGUGAGAAGCUGCAUAGACGGACAUGUACGUCGAGAACUUCUUAUGGAUAGUCGUUGUCUUGACGCAUUAUGGCAAACGAGAUGUAGAAUAAGAGG